AAUCUCAGCGUUCUUCAUAUGAAAUUUGGUUCCAAGUUACAUCUCUUCCUCACCAUGGAACUAUUAUGAUUGGAGAGAGAAAUAUUACCAAAAGCAAACCCAAUUUCUCUCAGUAUGUAAUUAAUAAACUUGGAAUCACAUACCUUCACUAUGACUCUGAAUCACUAGCUGAUAAUUUUACCUUCGCUGUUUGGCCCAACCAAAAGAACAAGUCCACCACUAAGCCAGAGGCUGACUUUCUUGAAGAGAUGUUUAACAUCACUGUCACUCCUAUAAAUGACCAGGCACCAGAAUUAAAGACAAAAGGGCUUCGGUUGAAAGUUCUGCAGGGCAAUAGGUUGGUUUUAGGACCUGAAAACCUAAAAGUGGAAGAUCCAGACAGUCCUCCAGAGGAGGUCAGAUAUAUGAUCAUCCGUAAUCCUAAUAAUGGCUUUUUGGCAAUGGGUCACCGUCCACACAUACCUGUUCACCAUUUCACACAAGCCGACAUUGAUAACUCUCAGGUGUGGUUCAUACAAGAUGGAAGCCCAUUCUCCAGAGUGUUUUACUUCAGUGUGACCGAUGGCCAACACCGCCCACUCUACAAGCUCUUCCACCUGGAUGUCAUCCCCAUCUCCAUCACCCUUGUGAACCUCACUGACCUACUUCUCCCACAGGGCCAGACAACCAUUCCCAUCACCAGUGCUUACCUGUCAGCAGUGACCAAUGGGAGGAGCCCCCAAAUCACUUACAAGAUAACAUGGCCCCUCCAACAUGGGUAUCUGCUCGUUGAAAACCAGGUGGUCAUCAGCUUUGGACAAGAGGAUCUGAAUUCAGGAAAGCUCUCUUACCACAUGACAAACCUCACUGCCUCAGAGGACCAGCUACGGUUCUCACUGUUUACAUCAGAAAGCAACCUGACAGGAGAAACACUGUGCAUCAGGGUGCAGCCUUUACUGCAGGUUAUGUCAAAUCUGACAAUUGCCAACAGAGUGGCCCAUCAGCUGAGAAGAAAGGACCUUGAUGCUACUGAGCUUGCUAAUAGGACUAACAGUGAUCCCAAAUUUGAAGUGACAGAACCCCCCGUCCAUGGCAGACUUGUUCGAAGAGUGGCCCGGGGCACUGCAAUGGAAGACACGACUCUGUUCACUCAGAAGGAUGUUGACCAAGGACUGUUGAUGCUCGAGCCACAUGCCAAUCUAACCGGCACCGAUAGGCUGAAUGACUCCUUCACGUUCCUGCUCAGGGCAGCCCACGUACAGCCAGCGACAGGUUGUCUCCCCUUCACCAAAGUGCCACCUGACCCCUUUCUUUUGCAGACUUUUACCCCUGAUGUUUUUUCUUUAGUAGUCACUGCAGAUAACCUUGUGACUUCAGGUCUCUCUCAGGAAAAGCUUGUGGUUUCCUCAGGACCUACAGCACAGACAGGAACUCUGGGGAAGCUGACCCAGACCAGAUGGAAGGAAGCAGAUCCCUGGGGACGACACAGUGGUGAAGAGCCCACUCUGGAUGUCAAGGCCUCUCCCACCAGAGUCAUUUGGCCACCAGAUGCCACCAAAGCCAGCCCUGGGGCACCCACCCAGCCCAGGGAGGGCAGUCUCCUUCUGAUAAUCAUCAUACCAUUGGCAGUGGUGGUCUUCCUGCUAAUAGUAACUGCAGUGGCCUUGUGUGUCUGGCUGCUGGGCCAGAAGACAGAAAAGGCAAAACCUCUUAUUAAGCCCCAGAUCAACCUAGAACCCACACCCCCAGGUCCUAGGCCGGAAAGGAGCAUAGCUGUUCCCACUGUCACAGUGACGGCUCUUCUAAAAAGCUCCAACAGUCCUCCGGUCAGUCUUUUCAGGGCCCCACAAUGUGAGCACAUGCAAAAAUCUCCAGUCAUUGAGCCAGUGGAAAAAUGUGCUCCUUGGGAGACAUGGGUGAAUCUGGAUCCUGACAUGGUCAAGCUCUGCCAACAAACCAACCCAACAUUGAAGCACAACCAGUACUGGGUGUAGACUGAGGGUGCUUGUUCCUUACUGACCACCUGCUGUGUGUCAGGUACUGGGAUACAAAGACAAAGAAAUGCUGGUUGGAUCAACUGAGAAAAGCCCAGCCCUGCCAUCCCUUGGUGUUCUGUUGUAGCUCCAUAGUUAGGUGUCGGCAGGUGUUUACUGUAACUUUUGUACAACACUCAUGUCAUGGGCUGCCCACAAUGAGCUUUGUGUAGCCUCUGCUGGACCUGAUGCUCUGCGUGUACGUAAGAUUUUGCCACUAUUUAAACCCUUUACCAAGGUGUGACAGAACAUGCUGGCCUGACUGCAGAUUAACAUGGGAGCUAGAGUUAGUGGAGGAAGGCUUUGACUGUUUUUCACUGAGGAUUCACUCUGAGUGAUUCAACGAGGAAGUACAAGAGCUGUUUCUGCAAGUAGGAGAGGUGGAGCACAUCAGGAGAAAAAGAAAAAAAGGGGGGUAGGAUAUUUACAAAGGUUGCUUUUCUCUCCCAACCCAAUUUUAACUGUUCUUUGUGGAAACAGAUUUCACAGUCCACAGAAUAAAUGGAAGCAUAGCAUAUGUGGGCCUAGAGACAACUACCCUUGUCUUAGAUCCUUGGAUGUAAUGCCACAGACAACUGUUGCCACCAUCCCUGGCCGUGGACAACUGUUGCUGAAGAAGACUUCUCUACUCCUCUUCCAAAAGUGAUUCCCUCCUGCAUUUCUGGAUUCCUCAAUUUUAUAUAGCCCCCUCAAGUGUUUUUUGUAUUUGAUCGCUUUAGAAAGGAGGAGGAAUGAGAGUCUUAACCCAAGGUUGGCUUGAUCACUGUGCAACUCAGAACUGUUCUUAGGCCUGUUCUAAGCAGUUGGGCACUCAGAAGAAGCAGAAUGGCAGUGCUUGAGUUUAUACACAGAGAGAGAAGGCUGAGGAGCAUCUUUGCAUCCGGGGCCCUGUCUGACCACUCCAAUUAGAUGACCGUAAUCACUGCAAUGGAUAUAUGUCCUUCUUUCUGGCCACCGAGCAUUGGAACGUCCUUCCUAUGUCUGGGAAAUCUCCCAUUUUACGAAGUAGAGCCCCCUCCAGGGACGGAAGCUGAAAUGUCAGAUGAGGACACUGAAGUAUGGAGGAGCAGAGGGUUUGCCCAGCUAACCAGUGGCAGAAAUGGCUCUGGAACACUGUACCUGGACUGGCCCUCAAGGGCUCUUUCUACUGCUCUGCUCUUCCAUUUUGAGAUUUCACGAAACAUUUCCAGUAUGAUGAAUGUGCUCGAGACAGUUGGUGCACAGUGGUUAUUCCAUGUGUUCCUCUAACACUCCCCAGAUUCCUUUGAAGUUAGGUUGGAAUCACGUGACCAUCUGGCUUGAACUAUGAGUAGAAGUGGAGUAUGAGCCUCAUCCAGGCUAGUGAGGUCAGGUCAGUGUUCCUUCUCCAUCCUUCAUGUGCUCUGCAAAGGAGAACUUGGAGAUCAGGUGGAACAUUCACCAAAGCUACAAGACAGAGGACGGCUUCCCAACUAACGUGAGACUUUACCUGAGCAUGAAAUAAACCACUGCUCUCUGAAGCCACUGAUAUUUCAAAAGUUUGAGCUUUGAGACAGCUAGAAUCCACUACCGAGUCAAUGCGCUUCUACUUCUGGGCCAGUUUGCCAGAACAAGACAUAAGGAGCAAGGUUUGGCAACAGCAGCCUAUCUUUUGGGAGAAGUCAAUAGGAAUGUGAUCCUCAUCAUUUGGACACCUGUUGCUCAACUCAGACGCAGAAGGUCUGAGAGAAGGCAGGAGCUUCAAGGUUGAGAAAAGAAGACUAGUUGCUACUUGAGUGCACCUUCCUACUCCAGGAAAUCAAAUUUCCAUGGAUGUAGAGAAGGCUGAGUUAGGCAGCUCUGGUGUGUUCUUCUUCAGUUCUCUUUCUACAACUAGGGAUGGGUUGUGGCCACAUUACAUUUUCAGCCUGAGCCCAGCUGCAUCCCCUCUCACAAGUGCACUAGGAACUGGUAGGAGGAACUGAGCCAAUGAGACUUCUCUAUGAAACCUCUUCUCCAGACCCCACUUCAUGCCCCCACCUGCAGUGGGCCUCUCAGGACCUGGCUCUGAACUGAGAACUCAUACCCUUUUCCCCUGGUGGGCACAGCUGUGACUCCAAAUGAACGCUUGAAAUAAGACAGAGGAAAGGCAGGACAUCCUCCCUGCUGGGCAGUUGGUUUCGUGGCUAUAACUGGGUGACUUUUGGCUGUAGGACCUCAAAUUAAAACAUGGAUUGCUGACUCCAAUGUUGAAUUCUGGCCAGCUGGCCUUGUAGAUUUUUGCAUUCCUGCCACUGAGCCUAGCACAUCCACAGUGGUGAGGUCCAUUGAUGGAGAGCUAGGUUGCCUGUGCCUUUCUCCCUCCACAGAUGGCAUCUUAUUUCAGAGUGACUCCCCCAUGGAUGAUCACGGACACACACAUCCCAGUGUCAACAGGUGCAAGGCCAGACUUUCAUAUCUUCAUCUCACCUAGCUUUAGAUAAGGCUGACUACUUAAGGUCAUGGUUAGUGGUUUCACUGCAUGCAGACUCUUCAGAGAACAGGACGUGAUACAGCUGGAAGGGGAUUCUGUGGUGGUUGAUCAUAUAGAUUACAUGAGAAAUUCCAAUAACUGGGCUGACCUCUUCCAUUUUUCACUAAUAAUGACACAGUCUUCACUUGGUUCUAGUAGAUGUAAUAAUUAGCUAAUAAAUAAUUAGCAAAUCCAGCAAAUGCCCAGCAUUUUAUGUAUAAAACCAAGGAAUUAUUGUCACAAAUACCUUGUUAUUUUCCUGACAUUUGUCUUUUUGAAAAAUCUAAUAUGUUUUAAUCAUAAAGAUUAAAGCAAUACAAUAGAAAGAGAAGGUCAUUU